CCUCCAGCUCGGACUGGGUCGGAGGCGGAGCGGCGUUCCCAGGAUCAUGGCCAAACCCGGGACGGGGCUGGACCCCGGGGGCGUAGCUGCCGCCACUGUGCUAAAGCGGGCGGUGGAGCUGGACGCCGAGUCCCGGUACCCGCAGGCGCUGGUGUGUUACCAGGAGGGCAUCGACCUGCUGCUGCAGGUUCUCAAAGGUCAGAAUCAGCUCAAGAACUUUUUCCGAGAAAUCUCUGGACCUUCCCACGUGCCUGGCCUCUAUGGAAAGUAUCACAAGCAAAUUAAAAUAGAGGAGAAUGCAACAGGAUUCAGUUAUGAGUCGCUUUUUCAAGAAUACCUUAAUGAGACAGUGAGAGAAGUUUGGAUAGAAGACCCUUAUAUUAGACAUACUCAUCAGCUGUAUAACUUCCUUCGAUUUUGUGAGAUGCUUAUCAAGAAACCAUGUAAAGUACAAACCAUUCAUCUUCUGACCUCCCUGGAUGAAGGCUUUGGGAAAGCACAGCAAAUUAGUGGCCUGGAAGAAAUAAAAGCAUCUCUUAGGAAUCAUGGAGUGCUGUUGGAAUUAGAAUAUUCUUCUUCCAUACAUGACCGAGAAAUUAGGUUCAACAAUGGAUGGAUGAUUAAGAUUGGAAGGGGACUGGAUUAUUUUAAGAAACCACAGGGUCGUUUUUCCCUUGGAUAUUGUGAUUUUGAUUUAAGACCAUGUCAUGAAACAACAGUGGACAUUUUUCAUAACAGGCACACGAAAAAAAUAUGAUGGGCAGUAGCUUAAUUUACAGUGUAUAUUUCUAUUUUAAGUGAAUAUUAGAUUUUUUUAUACUUUGGACAGAUUAUUCCUAUAAAAUGUGAAUUUAAUAAUAAACUUGUACAUUCCUACUAA